AGAACGAUCUAGCCCCGGCCCUCAAGGCAGAAGACAGCCAUUUCUGCCGUAUCGGUCCGAUCGGGGAACGAAAUUGACGCUGCGAUAAGCUAAAUCAUGAGUGACAAGCCACUGCGUGAUGCCGUCCGGCGUCUCAAGUUUCGAGUCCUCAUCAUCGGUAGGGCAAAUGCAGGGAAGACAUCCAUCUUACAAAGAGUCUGCGAAACAACGGAGAGCCCGAAGAUUUACAGGGUUAGCGGAGGUCGCCGUGAAGAGGUUCACCUCGACCCUACUAUUGAGCGUGGCAAUCACAAUAUCGAGGACGAGCUCAUAUUCACGAAUCACGAGGGUUAUAUUUUCCAUGACUCUUGUGGUUUUGAGGCUGGCAAUGAGGACGAGCUACGAACAGUCCAGGAUUUUGUGCACAGAAAGGUGACUGAGCGCCGAUUGCGGGACAGGCUGCAUGCUAUCUGGUAUUGCAUUCCAAUGGAAAUGCCUGUGAUUGCAGUUUUCACGAAGUAUGACCAGUUCAAACUGGAUGUUCAGAUGGAUUUGGAAGACGAAUCUGAAGCAAAUGCUACUCCGACCUUGGAGGAUAUCAAUGAAGAGGCAGAGAAGAUUUUUAAGGAUGAAUACUGGAAUGUAAUAAAGGAGAGUUCACCAAAAUAUGUCAGGUUGGAAAAUAUGCACGAACCUGGUGCAAGCUGCAGUGCCUUGAUAAUAGAAACAGCAAAUGCAUUGGAUGAGGAUGUACUAAGACAUAUGCUAGUGGCUGUACAGAGGGAAAAUCUAAUGAUUAGUGUGGAAAUGGCAGUGAAGAGGACAAGGUUUGGGAGGGACGGAAGAACCAUUGUUGAAUCAUGCAUUGGCUACUUUCCACAUCUAUGGGUGCCUGUAAGUGACCUCAUAGGACAAUGGUGUGCUGAAGACUUAUGGUUGCCUUGCCAUUGCUGCUCUUCAGCUUGUAAGUGAUCUCAUGUGAUGGCAGUGUGCUGGAGUCUCAUGGUUGCCUUGCCAUUGCUGCUCUUCAGAGGGUAAGUGAUCUCAUGUGAUGGCAGUGUGCUGGAGUCUCAUGGUUGCCUUGCCAUUGCUGCUCUUCAG